AUGCAUAGGACGUGCACUAGCAUUGACGGAUUCAUUCAUUUACUUCCCCGGGAGAGUGUGGCCUUAGAUCAAAAUAAUCGUUUGGCCAAGUUCGAGAUCGGGGAGCAAGGACCUGGAAGUGCAUCGGGAAAGGUGCUCAUGCUUGUUGGAGCCACAGGAGCUGGCAAGAGUACACUCAUCAAUGGGAUGGUGAAUUAUUUGUAUGGAGUGAAGUGGGAUGACCCUUUUCGCUUCAAACUGAUCGUGGACGAAGCAGGAGAGAAGACCCAAUCUCAUAGUCAGACUAAGUGGAUCACGGCGUAUGUUCUGCACAAUGUGGAGGGAUUCGCUUUACCUUAUACAUUGACCGUCGUCGAUACUCCUGGGUUUGGAGAUACUGAAGGGAUCAAGGCAGACGAUGAGUUGAGAAUUCAAAUCCGCGAAUUCUUUUCACAUGGUGGGAACAUCGGAGUGGAUCAGCUUGAUGGAAUAUGUUUCGUUGUCCAGUCCUCCUUGGCCAGGCUGACUCACACUCAAAAGUACAUCUUUGAUUCAAUCUUAGCCGUGUUUGGGAAAGAUGUUGAAAAAAUCAUCUACGUGCUGACUACAUUUGCGGAUGGCCAGAAGCCUCCUGUGCUAAUUGCCCUCAAAGAUGCGGAAAUUCCGUGCGAAAAUUCUUUCAAAGUAAACAAUUCAGCAUUUUUUGUGAACCCCUCUGAUGAGCCUGAUGCUGAAAAGUUGAACAAUUUCUUUUGGGAAAUGGGAAUAUCAAGCUUUGAUAAUUUCUUCAAGAAAUUCCUUUGCACAGAGCCUGUGAGUUUGACUCUUACACAAGAUGUUCUGAAGCAGAGGAAACACUUGGAGGCAGCACUCCAGGGUAUCACGCCACAAAUUAAAACAGCUUUGGCGAGGGCGGAAAGGGUAAGGCAAACAUAUGCAGCCUUGAAACAGCACGAAAUAGAGGCUGAUGCCAACAAGAACUUCAAAUACAAAGUCAAUGUCCCAAAGCAUAAAAUGGUGAACCUGGAAGUGGGGACGUACGUGACGAACUGCAUAAAGUGCGUGUGGAACAAACAUCACAAUAACCCGUAUCGCUUUGAAACCUAUGUUGAAGAGGAGGAACAUACUUACCAUGAUUUGAAGAAGAAGUAUGAGGAAGCUUCUGGGGAAAAAAUGAAUGCCAAACGCAUUCUGCACGAACUAAUCAAGGACUUCAACGUAGAGAGGACAAAUGUCUUGAAGCUGACAAGGGAGGCACACCAAUGCUUGCAGAAGCUCAACGAGAUAGCCCUGAAGCCCGAUCCAUUGGGCAUCACACAAUACAUUGACCUCUUGGUUGAGAGCGAAAAAAGAGGAGGAAAACCUGGGUUUGAACAGAGAAUCGCAUACCUUCUAGAUGCAAAGGAAAAAGCGAAAUUGGCCGAGAAUCUGGAUGAAAAUUAUGAUCCAUUAGAAGAAUGCAUGAAAGAGUUCAGUAACCUAGGUAUGGAUAUGUCUCACUUUGAUUCUAACAAUUCUCGAUCAUGGGCUUACCGUGCAUAUCAGAAAAUCAAAGAAAAAGGAUGGUCAGUUAUCAAAUCCUAA